GUAUCUGUGUUAAAACGAUAUAAUUCACAAACGGUGGAAUAAUUUGUUUUCCGAGAAUGGGAGACAAUGGAUUUUUGCUUUCUCCUAUCCUCUGCUUUUCUUUUUUUAUUGUUGCAUUGCAUUUCGUUCAUGGGGAUCUGAGCUAUUCUUUUCCAGAGGAGAUGAAACGAGAAUCUGUUAUUGGAAAUAUAGCCAAGGAUCUCGGGCUUGAUCAGAAGACUUUAUCAUCCCGAAAUGCUCGUCUGGAUUUUGUGGGCACUCGGAAGCGCUACUGUGACAUUAACAUGAAGACCGGGGAUUUGAUUACGUCGGAGAGAAUUGACAGAGAAAGCCUUUGCGGCAAGAAAGCUUCGUGUGUUGUGAAUGUGGACCUUGUGUUAGAAAACCCUUUACAGCUCCAUCGUGUUAGUCUUCAUAUUCAAGAUGUGAACGACAAUUCGCCAAAAUUUAAAACGAAUUUGAUUGAAAUGGAAAUAAGCGAGUCGGCAGACAAAGGUAACCGUUUCUCGAUCGAGCAGGCCCACGACGCAGAUAUAGGUCAAAAUGCUGUUCAAAGGUAUAAUCUUGAAAAGAACGAGAACUUCAUUCUUGCUGUCGACAGAAACAAGGUUGAACUAGUGCUGGAGAAUAAACUUGAUCGAGAGAAUGAAAAGGAAAUUAAUUUUCUUCUCACAGCUUUGGAUGGGGGCUCUCCUCAGAGAUCAGGUACAGUAGUCAUACACGUCACUGUUCUGGAUGCAAAUGAUAAUGCUCCAGUUUUCAGUCAAGACGUUUAUAAAGCCACUGUACCUGAAAACUCUCCUACAGAUACAAUAGUCAUCCGCAUUACUGCAGUGGAUGCAGAUGAAGAGUUGAAUGGCGAUGUAAUAUAUGACUUUGGUCACUUGUCCGACGAUGAUAUAAAUGUAUUUUCUAUGAAUCGCCAAACGGGAGAAAUUAAAAUAACCGGUAUCAUUGACUUUGAAGAAACAAGUUUGUAUGAAAUGAGAGUAGAAGCCAAAGAUGGUUUAGGACUGACGUCAUAUGCAAAAGUUAUAAUAGAUAUUACUGAUGUAAAUGAUAACGAACCAAUCAUUUACCUUAAAUCCCUGUCUGACCCCAUACCAGAGAACGUGCCUCUUCACACAGAAGUGGGUAUCAUUAACGUGCAGGACACAGACUCUGAGAUGAAUGGACAGGUCCGCUGCUCCAUUCAGCAAAACGUCCCCUUUAAGUUGGUUCCUUCCAUUAAAAACUAUUAUUCUCUGGUGACCACAGGACAACUGGACCGUGAAUUAGUGUCUGAUUACAACAUUACAAUCACUGCUACUGAUGAGGGCUCUCCACCUCUGUCCUCCUCUAAAACUGUUCAGUUAUCUGUAGCUGACAUCAACGACAACCCACCUGUGUUUGAGGAACAGUCCUACAGUGCAUAUGUGACUGAAAAUAACAAACCUGGCUCCACUUUAUGUUCCGUUAGUGCUCGAGACCCCGACUGGAGACAAAACGGUACAGUGAUUUAUUCUCUGUUACCUGGUGAGGUGAACGGUGCCCGGGUGUCCUCCUAUGUAUCUGUUAAUGGAGACACGGGGGUGAUCCACGCUGUGAGAUCGUUUGAUUAUGAACAGUUCAGGAGUUUUAAAGUUCACGUGAUGGCCAGAGACAACGGAUCUCCUCCCCUCAGCAGCAACGUGACCGUCAGUGUGUUUAUAUCAGAUGUGAACGACAACUCUCCUCAGAUACUGUACCCCGCCCCAGAGGGCAGCUCCUUCAUGACCGAGCUGGUCCCCAAAGCUGCACAUGGAGGCUCUCUGGUGUCCAAAGUGAUAGCAGUGGACGCAGAUUCCGGACAGAACGCCUGGUUGUCCUAUCAUAUAAUCAAAUCCGCUGAUCCUGGACUUUUCAGUAUUGGUCUCCACAGCGGAGAGAUCAGGAUCCAGCGGGACAUUUCAGAAUCUGACAGCAUGAAACAGAAUCUUAUUGUAGCAGUGAAAGAUAACGGACAACCCUCUCUGUCUGCCACAUGUUCCAUCUAUUUAUUGAUUUCUGAUAACUUGGCUGAGGUGCCAGAACUGAAGGAUAUUUCUUAUGAUGAGAAGAAUUCCAAACUAACAUCGUAUCUGAUCAUCGCACUGGUGUCUGUCUCCACCUUCUUUCUGACCUUCAUCAUCAUCAUUUUGGGCGUGAGAUUUUGUCACAGAAGAAAACCCAGACUGUUGUUUGAUGGAGCAGUUGCCAUCCCUGGUGCUUAUCUCCCUCCUAAUUACGCAGAUGUUGACGGCACAGGAACUUUACGCAGCACUUACAAUUAUGACGCCUACCUGACAACAGGAUCCAGAACCAGUGACUUUAAGUUUGUUUCAUCUUACAAUGACAACACGCUUCCUGCUGACCAGACUCUGAAGAAAAGUAAUUCGGACUUUACUGAUCCUUUUGAAGAAUUCGGGGCAUCUGACGAGGUAGGAAAUCCAAAUACUUCAAACCAUGGGUCCUAA